AGGACGAGUUAGGCUGUCCGGCGACUUGACUGUGAGAGUUGGGGCAAAGAAGGAGGAUAUCCGUGGAAACAUUUGAAUUGCAGGAGUCUGAAGGGAAGCAGCACAUUCAUGAACAUCACACAAAGAUGAAUCUGUGUCAAAAAGGUUGUCUGAUGCAGAAACACACAUCUGAGCCUUGUGUGAACAUCUGAGGAGGACAUGAUCCCAGAGUCCAAUGCUACAGCUGCAUCCAGGUCCUCAGAGCAGAACACCAACUCCCAUGCAGAGGCAACCUCCUCUGGAGCUGUCAAUCAGUCAGAGGAUGACUCUGGGAAUGAGAACAGACAAAAGAGUGUGAGACGAAGAAAGAGAGCGCACAAAGGCUCAGAGAAUGUCAAACGCAAAAGUGCCAAAGCCGGCUGCAGCAGGGCUAGCAGAGCUGGAGGCAGCAAACAGAAGCAUGUGGAGGCCGUCACCCUGUUCGAGGUCAUCACCAUGGGCCGGAGCGCCAUGCAGGCGGUGAUCGAUGACUGGAUUGAGGCGUACUUGGCGGACAGAGACUCCUCUCUCCUCGACCUCAUCAGCUUCUUCAUCCAGUGUUCUGGGUGCAAAGGUGUGGUCACAGCAGAGAUGUGCCAGAGCAAAGAGGACAGCGAUGUCAUGAGUAAGAUGGUGGAGGAGCUGGAUGAGGAUUCUGGUCUGCAGUAUAAGAAGUUUCUGGCCUUUCCGUGGAUCCUCACAGUCACAUGGCCCAUGGACACGGAUAGUGCUGAGUAUCCUCUCGUCCAGUCCGGACCAUACGGUCGCUGGUUUCACUCUGAGUUCUGUGACUUUGUGUCGGUUCUGGUGUGUCAGUGUCAGCAUAGCGUCAUCUUCGACAGUUACCUGAUGAACACCCUCAUCUCACUGCUCACCGAGCUGUCAAACUCCUACGUACGAGCGUUCAGACACACCUGCACGCUGGCAGCUGUGAAGGUGCUGAGCGCUCUGGUGGGCGUCGCUCUCAGUCUGAGUGUCGGGAUUGAAAACAGUCAGAAGCUGUACGAGGUGCAGAAGACAAAGACGGUGAGACAGAAAAGCUCACAGCAGCUGGAGAGAAUUCAGAAGAAGAUCAUGGAGUUGCAGGAGAAGAAAGCAGAGGUGGAGAGCAUGAUGGACAUCAUCUUCAAGGGAGUUUUUCAGAGAUAUCGCGACGUGCUUCCAGAGAUCCGCUCCAUCUGUAUGGAGGAGCUGGGUUUGUGGAUGAAGCUCUACAGUUCUGUGUUUCUCAACGAUAGUUACCUCAAAUACGUGGGCUGGAUGAUGCAUUGAUAAGGUGAGGAUGUGCGGUAUGUGCGUCUUAAGUGUGUUUUAGGUCUGCAGGGUCUGUAUGGAGAUCCUGUCCUGCUGCCCAAACUUGACCUGUUCACCAGCCGCUUCAGAUGUGGCUUUCAGGAACGAAUCAUCUCCAUGACUCUGGAUAAGGACAACGAGGUGGCGGUGCAGACCAUGAAACUACUGCUACUCAUCUCAAGUGAAACAUAUGAUGAGGUUCUCACUCCUGAAGACUACAAGCAGCUCCUCCAGCUCGUUUACUCCUCACAGCGCCCUCUAGCGGCCACUGCAGGAGAGCUGCUCUUCUCAAGGCUUCUCAGUACUGUAGCUCCUACAUGAAACUCAGAUGGAUUAAAUGAAGAGGAAGCACAUCAACAACAAAGACUGAAAGCUCUGCUGCAGUUCUACAAGAGUCUGAGUUGCACAAGCAUGUGGUGUAACCUGGUGGACAGUCUGUGGGAUUGUGGUGGAGCUCUGCUUAAGGACUGGCCCACGCUCACGUCUACUCUGCUGCAGGACUCUUCCUCACACAGUACAGGUUUUUCUCUGGCAGAACAGGCGGUGCUGGUGGAGAUCCUGGUGGCGUCGGUGCGUCAGGCCUCAGAGGGACCGGCGCUGGCAGGAGGAGUGGAGCCAAGAAGGGUGAUGAACGCCAGAGAGAAGAAGAUUCAGACCGACGACUGUUUAAAGCUCACUGAGCAUCUCCUUAUGGUGCUUCCUCAAUUACUGUCCAAGGUAUUAUGUAUGAGUCAACACGUUGCCUCUCUGAUUGAGAUUCCUCAGUAUUUCCUCCCAGUUCCUGAAGCUGAAAACACACAGGUGGUGUCCAGUCUGAUGGCAGAGAUGGAAGCUGCUCUUGGACUCCACUCGGGCCCUGCUGUUCUGGAGGCGGCGGCCCGCUCAUACCUCAGUCUGUGUGGGGAGGAAACGUCCUGGUGCUCUGCUGCCGAAGCGCCAAGAGACGCUCUGGUCCAGCGCUGGGUGGAAAAACUUGACGGCUCUGCUGGGAGACUCACUGAAGGUCAGGGCGACUGUUUCUCUGCUGAUGAGGACAAAUUAAGAGACAUUCUAGCGACACUGAAGAAACUCAGGGCUUUCCACAACUGUCAUGACCUCUCUCGGUGGAGUCUGUUUGACCUGCUGUCGCCCCUGCUGUCCGUGGAGAGAGGAGCUCCGUCUGAGGUGCUGCUGGAGGUGCUGCAGUGUUUGUCCUACGUCAUGCUCUGGUCUCUCAACACCAGCGGCGAAACUCUAACCUGCAGAGAGAAGGCUGUGGCUCAGCGGCUGCGGCUUCGUCUCUUCUGUGAAAGAAGCCACCGCUGCCUGUCUCAUGGUGACCUCAGCGUGAGGCAGCAGGCUUUUCUGGGCGCGUGUGACGUCCUGACGGCUCAUUCCUACCAGCUCCACCUGUGGGAUCCCACCUCCUUCGGCCCGCUGCUGUUCACCACCAGUCCCAAGCUGCAGAGGGCGCUGUUGACCUGUUGCGUCCACGUCUUCGUCGGUUCAGACUCUGACAACCAGAGCAGGGUCAGUGAAGGCUCUGAAGUGGAGAGGCUGGAGGACCUUCACAGGAGGAGAAAUCUGCUGGCGGCCUACUGCAAACUCAUCGUGCACGGAGUGCUGGAGAUGAGCAUGGCGGCCGAGGUCUUCAUGUACUACAUGAAGUAUUACAAUGACUUUGGAGACAUCAUCAAGGAGACCAUGUACAGGACCAGGCAGGUGGAUAAGAUAGAGAGCGCCCGCACACUGGUGCUCAGUCUGCAGCAGCUGUUCAUGCGGCUUAAACGGGAACAAGAGAGCGGCGGCAGAGCUCACCCAGGAGUCCAGACCUUCACCAGCAUCAAGGAGCUGGCCAGGAGAUUCGCUCUCACCUUCGGGGACCUCGUCAAGUUCCGUGAGUGUGUCGUGAUGAUCCACAGGAACGGCAUCGAGUUUGUGUUCCAGGAGUUCAGUCAGACUCCGGGCACGGCCACGCCGCCGUACCUCUCCUACCUGACCAUCCUCAGCGAGUUCUCCAGCAAACUGCUCAAACCGGACAAGAAGACGGUGUUCUCCUACCUGCAGAAGCACACCGCCGAGCACAUUAUCGACCUCAGGGAGGAGACCUGGCAGCCGCUUAUUUACUACCGAGCAUCCCUGUUGGCUGCAGCCGAAGGGGAGGAUGCUGUGUCUUAUGUAAGCUCAGACAGGAAGCCCUACCAGCCACACCGCUCUCCUUUCUCCAAACCAAAACUGGAAGGAAGCAGAUCCCCGUGUCCAUUCAGCCCCGUUGAGUCCAAAGUCAGUAAAGUUCCCAGACUGAGCGGCAGUCCAAGCCAUCAGGACAAGGCAGCUGAAACGGAUCCAUUUUCCGUCCCUCUGGAGCCUCCUGCAAAAAGACUCGACACUGAGGGAUCCGUCAUUGGCACCAGCAACGAGCCGGGCGACGACACUGUGGAGGUGGAGCUGUAAAUAUGAAGCUGGAACUGGUGCUCCUGUGUAGAAACCUCACAGACUCUGAGAUGCUUUCCUGUUUUUCUUGCACCUUGUGAGCAGUAUCUCCUCUGUUUAAUGUCCACACGUCCGGGCGUGCAAUCUUUGUACAAUUAUGAACAUGUUGAACAUGCAGUAUAUUAUGUUUUUCUGAGGGUGCAAUCCUAAAUGGUGGUGUUACACUCAUGUGAAGACUAAAACCAACGAUGAAAUAUUAUAUAAAAAUUAAAUAUUUAAAGUCGGACACAUCUCAGUCGCACAAACACCAAUCUGAAAAUAGUAACCAGUGUAAUAAAUGACCAUAUGUAUUAAUCCGCAGCUAAAAAUAGUCCCCGACAAAUGCACUUUUUUGUUCCUAUUGUAGUAACGUUUUCUAAAAACUACAGUUCCCAGCUGCUGGAGUCUGUUUUUAGACAAAAAAAAAUUAUCCACAUUUUGCCCUCGUUUAGUCUUUAGUAAACUGAAGAAUUCCCAAACACCGGUCUUCAGCAUCUUGUCUUGUGUUUAUGCAACGAAGUGAAGCGUGACUUCAGAGUCGGCAGCCACCCGGCCAUUCAGGUGGUGUUUACGAACACGAAUGGAGGAGCCGAAAUGAGCCGAAGAACACGGCGGGACGAGCUGAAAAGGCCCGAAGGCGCAGGGAAGAGACGAGCUCCGAAUAUUUUCGUCUGGGGGGAGGAGGGGAUGAUCGACAUAUGUGUAUAUGUUAUAGACAUAUGUGUAUAUGUUUAUGUGAUCACACGACGAGAUGAGCCGAUGUGGGCCGAAGGCGGAGGGAAGACAGUAAGGCUGCAUAUUCUUUCCGCCCUGUGACGUCCGAUGACGGGGGGGCGGGGGGCGAAUAUUUGGAUACCAAAAUGAAUAUCCGGAUAGUGCCGUAGCGAACGAAUAUUCGGAUAUUCAGGAUAUCCGGGUCCAGCCCUAAUAUUUACGACAUAAAAAAGCAAAACAUUUCAGGACCUAUUAAUGUGCUUUGGGCUGAGUGACGAUCACAUUGUUGGUUUUAGUCUUUUCAUGAAUAAAUAUUUAUUCCUAUUUACUAAUACCAGUCGUAUUCUGGUGUUAUUAUUAUCGUCAGACUGGUUUCAUCUGAGGACCAUUCAUAUCAGUAUGUGUAUAGAUUUUUUUUAAACAUGGAGCUUUACUGUAAAUUGCACUUGAAUUUUACGAGAAACACUAAAUGAUUUAUCCUUUUAAUGUUACUUUUGGAUCCAAAUUUUGUUUGGUGUUAUAGAGGGUCAGCUGAGAACUGUGCUUUAUUUUCCUACUCGCCACUUUAUCACAACUUAUGUAUUUAAUGUAAAACAAUAAAAAAAGUCUGCAGCAGUUUUGAACAUUGUUCUGGACUUGGAACGUUCACAGCCUGCCUCUCAUAUCAGGCUCAAACUGCUGCACCUGUGAGAUUGA